CCGGUAAGCCCCUAUCACGCCCUACACCACCGUUACUGCAGCUUCCACUUCGAUCUUUCGACGAAAAUGGCUCCCCAAGAAGUCCUCGUCUUAAAUUUACCUAUCCGCAUGCCCUCUAGCACUCCUCCAUCAACUCCCGAGAGCCCCGAGAUUGCGGCGUUGAAGCAACAAGUCGCUGAUCUGCAGAAUCAACUUACUGAACGGGGGAAUCAACUCCAACAAAAAGAGGAAGAGAUUAGCAAGUUGACUGCUGAUUUCAAGGAUGCAAAGCAUCACAUUGGGUGUCUGCAGAUUGAACUCGCUCACUCUCAGAAGUGUGUGCCCCCGAGGUUAGAUAUGGAUCCGCCCCAGCAAGACCAUUUUAGAGGCGGAGUUGAGACGCUCACCCCCGCGGCAGAUGCGCAAAAGUGUGAGGAAAAGGGUGAUAGGAUAAAAGCGCUUGCUAAAUUCGAAGCCUCGGUGCACCAUGCAAUCACGCACCAUCUAGAGGACAUUGGAUAUUUCUGUGAGUACAUAGCUCAAGACAUAGGCGCCGUAGUGGAAAAUGUUAUUAAUUGCAUGGCCCCGUCUCUCAAGGAGAAGCAUGCAGAACCUUCCACUAACCUUGAUAAAACGAAGCAAGACCAAGCGCAAGAUGCUGAAGCUAUCUUAGAUGCCGUCGUAGAGAACAUUGGGGUAUAUCCAAAACUUCUCCCCCAAGAAUUCGCCGCUGAAAACCUGGACUUGGUGGUAAACAAGAUCGUUGAGCGGCUUACUUCAGUGCAGGAGGAGAAGCAUGAAGAAACGAUAAGCGCAAUUUUGGAUGCUCUGCCGAAGAAGCAGCAUUUGUGCGAUGUAUUGAAGGAUAAAAUCCGCUUUAGGAAGAAGUAUGAGCCAAUCGGGGUUGGCAUGGGGGUAGAUUAUAUUGAAUCUAAUUGA